CCAGUGCAACGUUAAAAAACCCAUGCCGAAAUUUAUCUCUUUUAAAAAUUCCACACCCCUGCCAUAACUCCGGAAAUUUAAAAUCCUCUGGGGUUUUUUUAUUUCCAUGAAACCCCAUAAUUCUCCCCCACUUUCCCGAGAAAAUCUUAACCCAUCCGCAUUUACUUAUGACACCAUCUCUAUUAAUGUCGAAGAAUUUUUAUUGCCGCUUAAACCCUCAAACUUAGGGUGUGUUUUCAGAAUCGUAGACUUUCAAUCAUUGUUUUUUUGCGGGCGAUUUAAUAGCCGGAAAAUUUAAUCAGGGUUUCUGAUUGUUUGAGAGAGAUGGGAAGCGUGGAUAAAAAAAUUAGGGUUAAUUUCAGUGGAGAUGGAGCCGCUUUGUUGAGAGAUAGAGUUAGCGAGAAGCUCAAGGAGUUUAUGGGCGAUUACACUGACGAUGUUCUUGUGGAAUAUGUAAUUGUCUUGCUGAGAAAUGGCAGGGAUAAGGAAGAAGCAAGAAAUGAAUUGAAUGUUUUUUUGGGGGAUGACAGUGAGUCUUUUGUAUCCUGGCUGUGGGAUCACUUGGCUACAAAUCUGGAUUUGUAUGUACAGCCUCAGGAGACUGGCACAGAUGAAGUGGCCAGAACAAAUCCCACACUGGCAGAACAGACUGGGGGGAAUGAAUCUCAUCAUAUGGAUUCUGAACCCCAAAAAGUGAAGCCUGAUAAUUCAUAUAGAGGCCGGCAUAAAAGAGAAUGGAAAGGUGUAGUGAGAGAUGUGAACCACCGGCCUCCUCUUCGAAGCUCUGUGGUUGUUAAUAUUCAUCAGGAGGAAAAAACUCAUUGCGAAGUCAGUCGUGCAAGAAGAUCUACAUCUCCCCAUCCUCCACAGCAGAAGAAAAGGAGUCAGCAUGAUGAGCGACAACAUGUGAAGCAGAGGGACACAGUUUCUCAAGCAACCAGUCGUGCUCCUCGACGACUACUUCAGUUUGCAGUGAGAGAUGCUGUCAGAACUUUGAGACCAUCUGGCAUGGUAAAAGAACCCUCGCUGAAGCGUCUUCGCUCAGUAGUGUCUACAUGUACUGAAGACACAUCAUUGGUUGAUCGUCCUAGGAGGCUCUCGUCAAUUGCAAGAGUUCCAAACCCCAUGGCUACUGUAUUAAAAGCUGUGCAAGAAGCUGCUGAAGAUGUAGUAAAAGUUAAAUCUUCAGGAAGUGUGUUUGACCGGCUUGGUCGUGAUAUGGAUGCAUCAUUGACCACUGAACAAGUCACUGAAUUUAGAGAUGCCGCUGUUGAAGAUGACAAAUAUGAAGAACUUAAUGGAAUUCAGGAGCAAAACCACUCAAACUAUCCUCAAAGAAGCAAGUACUGUGGACAUGCAGGGGCUAUGAAUAUGAUGGAGCAUGAAGCUGGAUUGACUUCUGAUUUGAUGUCUGAUAAUGAAGGUUAUGAUGAUGCCAAUGUUGUAGAUCAUAGGGUUAUGGAUGUUUCUCAUACUGGCACAUCUUACGGAAGCAAGGGUGAGGAUGCACUCAUGUCAAAAUACAAUUUAGCUAAGGAUCAGUCAGCUGCAAACACUUCUCUUAAAAUAGUAAACAUUUCUGUGAAUGUGAAUACAUGGAGGCCACCUCAUUAUCAAGAACCCAGGGAUGCUGCAAUGGAUAAUCAGAAAUCGGUUCAGAAUAAUGAAGGAAAUGCUGGGAGAUUUGGUGCUAAGCUAAUGAAGGAGGUUAGCAAGCCUGUCUCAGUUGGUAAUGGAAAUGCAAAACCUGCUGGUGAUAUUCAGCAAGAACCUCAGAAGCCUCCAUCAUCUGCAUCCGGUCCAUACACUGCAGGUUGCCCCUUAGAAGAUGCUGAUUCUCGAACCAUUUUUGUUAGCAAUGUUCAUUUUGCUGCAACUAAGGACAGUCUGUCUCGGCAUUUUAACAAGUUUGGUGACGUACUCAAAGUGGUUAUAGUAACUGAUGCAGCAACAGGACAACCAACAGGGUCAGCAUAUGUGGAAUUUAUGCGCAAAGAGGCAGCAGACAAUGCAUUGUCUCUUGAUGGCACCUCGUUUAUGUCACGUAUUCUGAAGGUCAUGAAGAGAAGCUCUUCCAACCAAGAAGCUAAUCCUAUUACAACAUGGCCCCGCAUUGCCCGUGGAUCUUCGUAUACUGCUGGUAGGUUUUCUAGAGCAGCUUUUCCAAGAGGCACUCCUGCUGCAUUUAGGCCUCGGCUCCAUGUGAAACCUGGUGCGAGAAGUUUGCAGUGGAAGCGAGAUGCUCAAGCUACUCCAGCUGGGAGUAGUGCUGCAGUCUCUGGCAGCAGUGUUGUCUCCCCUUCUGUCCGCAGUCUCACCUAUGUCCGCACAGAACCAAAACCAGAUCGGUGUUCGGGUACUGCUGGAGUUUGACAGUUCAUGUUUUCUUUUCCCUGAACAUCCAGAUUUUGAUCGGAACAGGUUGCAUAAAAAUGCCUGAAUCAGAACUCUGGCAGAUUUUUUGGUUCUAGGAAGGAGAUGAAUCCACAGAUCCUCAUCCUCAGAUUAAGAUUUUUCUGUACAUGGAGGACAUAUGCUAAAAUUAGCGAAUAUUUGAAGUGUAGUGAACAGGGAGGGUUUCUUUUAGCAAAUAUUUUGGGGUUCUUUUUUGGAGGGGCUGGAGUUUGCUGGAUCUGAAUCGGAAAAAUACCUGGGACUCUCGCAAAGCUGUCCCACCCCUGAGUUAUAUACACCAUGAGAUUGAAUUUUGUGAAUAGGAAGGAAACAGUUGAUACCUUUGUCUUGA